CGCCCCGCCUCGAGCCGGCACCUCGGCGCCCCACAGCCAUCAGAGGCGGGGACAGGGAGUCCGGGGCAGGCCGGGCCGGUCAUCUGCGGCGGCGGCGCGAGCGUAACUCCCGCCAGAGCCGGGAAAGAGCCCCGAGCAGAGGAGGAAGGGAGCGGGGACCUACCCUCCGCCUGCUGGCUUCUAGAAGAAGCGUCUCCUGUUCCGGCCCUGGAAUAAGAAGCCCGGACCUUAUCCGCCCGAUUCAGCGAUGCUGCAGGUUUAGAAUGGAACUCAGAUACCAGACCCCAAAGAUGCUGGCAGAGACAUUCUGACUCAUUAAGGGAGAGCUGAGUGAUAGCAGAGAGGGGUGACAUCAGCCUUGCAGACAUUGCCCCAAGGAAUUCUGAGCACUGUUGCUCACAGCACUGCCUGGCCAGAUGGAGACCACCAUGGGGUUCAUGGAUGACAAUGUCACCAACACCUCCAGCAGUUUCCUUUCUGCACUCAACCCCCAUGGAGCCCACGCCGCUUCCUUUCCUUUCAACUUCAGCUAUGGCGACUAUGAUAUGCCUUUAGAUGAAGAUGAGGAUGUGACCAAUUCCCGGACAUUCUUUGCUGCUAAGAUUGUCAUUGGCAUGGCCCUGCUGGGCAUCAUGCUGGUCUGCGGCAUUGGCAACUUCAUCUUUAUUGCUGCCCUGGUCCGCUACAAGAAGCUGCGCAAUCUCACCAACCUGCUCAUCGCCAACCUGGCCAUCUCUGACUUCCUGGUGGCUAUUGUCUGCUGCCCCUUUGAGAUGGACUACUACGUGGUGCGCCAGCUCUCCUGGGAGCACGGCCACAUCCUGUGCACCUCUGUCAACUACCUGCGCACUGUCUCUCUCUACGUCUCCACCAAUGCCCUGCUGGCCAUUGCCAUUGACAGGUAUCUGGCUAUUGUCCACCCGCUGAGACCACGGAUGAAGUGCCAGACAGCCACCGGCCUGAUUGCCUUGGUGUGGACGGUGUCCAUCCUGAUCGCCAUUCCUUCCGCCUACUUCACCACCGAGACGGUCCUCGUCAUUGUCAAGAGCCAGGAAAAGAUCUUCUGCGGCCAGAUCUGGCCUGUGGACCAGCAGCUCUACUACAAGUCCUACUUCCUGUUUAUCUUCGGCGUCGAGUUCGUGGGCCCCGUGGUCACCAUGACCCUGUGCUAUGCCAGGAUCUCCCGGGAGCUCUGGUUCAAGGCGGUCCCUGGGUUCCAGACCGAGCAGAUCCGCAGGCGGCUGCGCUGCCGCAGGAAGACGGUCCUGGUGCUCAUGGGCAUCCUCACCGCCUACGUGCUGUGCUGGGCGCCCUUCUACGGCUUCACCGUCGUGCGCGACUUCUUCCCCACCGUGUUCGUGAAGGAGAAGCACUACCUCACCGCCUUCUACAUCGUCGAGUGUAUCGCCAUGAGCAACAGCAUGAUCAACACCCUGUGCUUCGUGACCGUCAAGAACAACACAGUCAAGUACUUCAAGAAGAUCCUGCGGCUCCGCUGGAAGCCUUCUUACAACGCUAAGUCCAGCGCAGACCUGGACCUCAAGACAAUCGGGAUGCCUGCCACCGAAGAGGUGGACUGCAUCAGACUGAAAUAACCCCCUGGACUUGGCAAAGUUUAAACACAAGGCAGGGUCCUGGGGACACAGACCGGUGCGCUUGGAUGCACAUCAACCUGGAACUUUUUGUUUGCUGCCGAGGGCAGAGUAAAUGGACCACUCUAUGAACACUGUUCACGGAGCUCAGAAUUUCUAAAAUGCAUGUGACCAGACACUAUCGCCAGUGGCAUUUGUUGAAUGUCUGAUUCGUACACCAGUAGGUACUGGUAAAACCUAUGUAUGUUGAUGACAUUUAGUUGGCAAAAUGAAAUUUAAAU